CCAAAUAAAGAAAAAAAAAACAAUUAAUAUCAAUGGCUUCAAUUAAUUUUUUUCACUCAAGAAUUGUGAUUUUUGAAUUCUUGAUUUUGGUAUUUAUUGGCAUUUGUUUUAGCAAAUUAAAUGGAAUUAGUGAUUCACAUUUGAGUCUUGAUUAUUACAAAAAGACAUGUCCUUCUGUAGAAGGAAUUGUAAGGAAAGAAAUGGAAUGUGCUUGUCUUUCUGAUCCUCGUAAUGCUGCUUUGAUUUUGAGAUUACAUUUUCACGAUUGCUUUGUUCAGGGUUGUGAUGGCUCAGUAUUGCUGGAUGAUACAGUGACAUUAAAAGGAGAAAAGAACGCUCCAAACAAUAAAAAUGCAUUAAAAGGAUUCAGAAUUAUUGAUAGAAUAAAAAACAGAAUUGAAUCUGAGUGUCCAGGAACUGUUUCUUGUGCUGAUAUUCUAACUAUUGCUGCUAGAGAUGCUGUUCUUUUGGUUGGUGGACCUUAUUGGGAUGUUCCAGUAGGUAGAAAAGACUCAAUAAAAGCAGGAUAUGAAUUGACAAAUACAAAUCUUCCAACAGCUGAUGAAGGAUUAAUUUCUAUUAUUUCUAAGUUUAUUUCACAAGGACUUUCUGUUACUGAUAUGGUUGCUCUCUCUGGUGCACAUACAAUAGGGAAAGCAAGAUGUGUGAAUUUCAGAAAUAGAAUUUAUGGAGAUUUCAAAAUGACAAGUACUUCAAAGAUAAAUCCAAUUUCUUCAUCAUACCUUAGUAAAUUAAAAUCAUUAUGUCCUCCGAUUGAAAUUAAUGGAUCAUCAGACAAUAAUGAAACAUCAAUGGAUAAUGUAACACCAAAUUUAUUUGAUAAUUCAUAUUAUCAUGUGUUGCUUAAAGGUGAAGGAUUAAUAAAUUCAGAUCAAGAACUUUAUUCAAGUUUUCUUGGAAUUCAAACCAAGAAAAUUGUUGAAAAAUAUGCUGCAAAUACAAUUGCAUUUUUUGAACAAUUUGCUGAUUCAAUGGUAAAAAUGGGAAAUAUUACAAAUCCAGAGACUUAUGUGAAUGGAGAAGUGAGGAAGAGUUGCAGAUUUGUUAAUACAUAGAUGAAAAAAAUUGAGUUAAUUAUGUAAUAGUAUACCCAAAAAGAAUUUUUUGGGGAUUUGUAUUUGAUUUGUUUGUAAUUUCUGAAAAAAGAAAAUUAUAUGAUAUUAUAAUUAAUUAUUGAG